AUGUCGGCUGAAUCACUCGCUUCAAUUCCCACCAGUUACGCUACAGCCUCAAUCGGUACCCCACAGACCCCCUUACAAUCAAAACUUGAGGCCAUAGCAAGUGCAGGAUGGCAGGGCAUAGAGCUGGCCUUCCCAGACUUGUUGUCCUUCGCUUCUCGAAACCUUGGCAAGGAGGUGGAUUCACAUGACUAUGACGUGCUUUGCAAUGCAGGGCAAGAGGUCAGGAGAUUAUGUGAAGGACUAGGAUUGAAGAUCGUGAUGCUUCAGCCUUUUUCAAACUUUGAAGGCUGGAAGCCGAAGUCUGAAGAGAGAAAAGACGCAUUCACGCGGGUCAAGGGUUGGAUCAGGAUCAUGGAGGCUAUUGGAUGCAACAUGCUGCAGGUCGGGUCUUCAGAUUCCCUUGACAUCGACACCUCACGCGACGCCAUCGUUUCUGACCUUAGAGAGCUUGCAGAGCUCCUUGCCCCUUACAACUUCCGCCUAGCGUACGAGAAUUGGUGUUGGUCAACCCACGCACCAGAUUGGCAAGAUGUAUGGGACAUUGUGAAGAGAGUGGAUAGACUGAAUAUGGGCCUCUGCCUCGACACUUUUCAAAGCGGCGGAGGAGAAUGGGCAGAUCCUACGACAGACUCAGGAGUCAUUGAAUCAUUAUCACGAGACGAGCUAGAGAACAGAUUUCAGGAGAGUCUGGCAGAGUUGAGCGCUACCGUACCAGCUGAAAAGAUCUUCAUACUACAAAUCUCGGAUGCCUAUCAAAAGCGGAUGCCGUCUCGACCAGAUGAGAGCGGCCUGAGUCCUAGGGCUCGAUGGAGCUCUUGCUUACGGCCUGUGCCAUUUGCUGGAGGCUAUCUACCGGUCGUGGAGUUUACGAGAGCCGUUCUUAAGACGGGCUUCCGAGGCUGGUUUUCCAUGGAGGUCUUCGAUGGGGGACCUGAAGGCACAGACUCGGACUGGCCAGAUAUGCCUGGCUAUGCGAAGAAAGCAAUGAAUGCUCAUAAACAAUUAUUGAGUGAAUCAGCAGCGUGA